AUGGUCGCCAGACUCAGCACCAGAGCUAUCAAGCAGGCUGCAGCUUCUGCUAGACUCUCCUACAACCUUUCACACACUAGGACCUUUGCGAGUACCUUGCAUAGGGAAGAAAAGCGAACAGCCAUUGUCACCGGUGCGAGUCGUGGAAUUGCUGAUACUAGCGGCAGCGGCAAGGCAAUUGCUCUGCGUCUGGCUCAGGACGGUUACGAUCUAUGCAUCAACGACGUCGAAGCCAACAAGCAAGGUGUCGACGAUGUCGUCAAACAAGUCAAGUCAGCAGGCGUCAAUGCCGUCGGUGCUGUUGGCGAUGUCUCGGAUCUCUCCCAAGUCGAAUCUGUCAUACAGAAGAGUGUAAAAGAGCUUGGUCCUCUGAAUACAAUGAUUGCCAAUGCUGGAAUUGCCCAAGUCAAGCCAUUGCUAGACCUUACCACCGAAGACUUUGAACGCAUGUUUAGAAUCAACGUCUUCGGUGUACAGAACUGCUACAGCGCUGCAGCUCGACAGAUGAUCUCGCAGGGUAAUGCUACUGCUGAAGCACCCGGCAAAAUGUUAGCUGCAGCAUCGAUUGUCGCGUUCAAGCCUUUUGCUCUCCUCUCGCACUACUCGGCAUCCAAGUGGGCAGUCAGAGGACUGACACAAGCGUAUGCAAUGGAGAUGGCCGAGCACCACAUCACCGUCAAUUCAUAUGCACCAGGCAUUGUUGGUACAGCCAUGUGGGAUCUCAUCGACGAGGAGCUGGGCAAGAAGCGCGGAACUGACCUCGGGCAAAUCAUCAAGAAAGGCGAGACGAUCAAGAAGUACACCGAUGAGUUGAUUGCGCUGGGUCGUGUCUCUGUUCCUGAAGAUGUUGCCAAGCUGGUUUCCUUUUUGGCAUCAUCUGAUUCCAACUACAUAACUGGGCAAUGUCAGGUGGUUGACGGAGGUAUCAUAUUCACGUAG